GAUAGAUAGAAUCCGAAAGAAACUGAGACAAGGGCCAAUCAUUACCACCAGAAUUCCACUUCAAAUAUUUAUCACGAAACCAAAGCCACACACAUAUGACAAAAUUAACCAUUAAUUCUAGUCCCUUCAGCUCCCAAUCUUUCAAUUGGAUUUCAAAAUGCCGUUACUGAGUUCCUCAUCAGUUUCUCGUUUUCCAGUUCUCUGCCCCUCUCCUUCAAAACCACAGGGCCUUACUUACAGAGGAUUAGGGAUUGAGAAACAGAAAAAUGUUUGUAGUCAAAGAACAGUUUUGACUGGAUUUUCUUCAAGAAAUCUUGGUUUCGUGAUUAGUGCUGCUGGUGGGAAGAGUGGUUCAUCCGUAGAGUAUGAUGUGCCGUUUCCAAGUGAUUACACACAACUUCUUCAGCAAGCUAAAGAAGCAACUGAAUUGGCGAUAAAGAACGACAAGCAGCUGAUGGAAAUUGAGUUUCCUACUGCUGGAUUGGACUCUGUGCCAGGUGACGGUGAAGGUGGUAUAGAAAUGACAGGAAGCAUGCAACUGAUACGUGAGUUCUGUGACCUAGUCAUCAGUCCGGAGAAAUACACACGGACCAGAAUAUUUUUCCCUGAGGCAAGUGAAGUCACAUUUGCAAGAAAAUCAGUUUUCGGAGGAUGUUCUUUGAAAUUGGACUACUUAACAAAACCAUCAUUCUUUGAGGAUUUUGGUUUUGUGUCCAAAGUUAAAAUGGCAGAUCGAGUGAAGCCAGAAGACGAACUUUUCAUAGUUGGCUACCCAUAUUUUAACGUUAACGAGAUGCUUGUGGUGGAAGAACUCUAUAAGGAAGCUGUGGUGAACACUUCACGCAAACUCAUCAUUUUCAACGGGGAACUUGACAGAAUAAGAUCUGGCUACUAUCCACCGUUUUUCUACCCAAAACUGGGAGCACUAUCUCAGACAUUUCUACCUAAGAUGGAGACAGUGUAUUACAUUCACAACUUUAAAGGGAGAAACGCAGGUGUCCUCUUCAGGUGUUACCCUGGACCCUGGAAAGUACUUAGAAAAGUGAGAAACAAAUAUUACAGUGUGCAUGAACAGGAAGACAUGCCAUCACUCAAGCAAGUUGCCCUGGAAAUUCUUCCAUCCACAUGACAUUGUGUAUGUACAUACUGCAUACACAGCCUUCUACUUAUGUAAAUCAAAUGUUAAUUUCUUUGGAAUUCUAUAUUUUUUAAUCUUAAAUAUGUCAUGAUAUAUAUACAGUAAUUAAAUAUUUGAAAGUCUGUCUUAGUACCCAUUACAUUAUU